AUGCUCCCUGAUGACGUGGCAACAAUGUUCAAAAACCGGUCACUUAUAGUAACCUCGAAAAAUUACUGCCGAGACCCCGAAGCGCGAGGCGAAGGCACUUUUUGCUACGCUCUUUCACGCAAUUUGAAGCAAACAAUCGUGGAGAAGCAGUUUUGCCAUUUGAGGAAGUGCAAGUCGCAGUUGUGUAAAAUGGCCGGGACUGGGAACGAUUUUAUUGGUCAUCUGUCCACCACUAGAUCGGGACGAACAUGCGACAACUGGGACGUUUCGAGUCGAUCAGUGCAUCCUCAGUACAUGUACACGUUUAACGACUCCUACUUUGCCGAUAUCGAUGCGAGUUCGGCGAGGAACUUCUGCAGGAACCCGAACAGGGACGUUUCGGGCAGCUGGUGCUACACCAAAGACCCCGAUGUGGUGCAGGACGUGUGCCCAAUCACAGACUGCGAUCGACCAGAAGAAUUGAUUAUAAUCGUGUCCACCAAUCAGAACGGGCGACGACUUUUCAUCUUGCCCCAAUGGAAGGAGGAGGGUCUUAGUGGGGGGUUGAGGUUCGGGCUGAAGGAGUGGAACCCGGAUUUGCUGUCCGGGGUGGUUUUCGCCAUUUACCCGCUAGGGGGCAGCGAGGAGCUGGUGCUGGUUGUUGGGGCCGCAUUGAACGAGAAAGUGGAGUUGCACUUGAAUGGGGCCUUGGUGGAGAGCAAAACGUACCCGCAUUUGAUCUCGGCCGGCGUUUGGACGGACUUUUGGUUGCAAAUCCGGCGAGGAGAAGUAAUGCUGGGGUUUAAGGGCGUGCCCACGCCACUAUUCGAGUGGAAACACCCUGAUGUGGCUCAGGCCUUUGACCCGGUGUUUUUGGCCUAUCAUUCGCUCUUCAAUGAGAUGCCCAUUGGCUUCUUCUUUCAGGUACCGCUUUUGGGUCAAUGGGUUGUACAGGGUGGUCUUAUCCUGGUAAAUUGCUCGUUUUUUUUUCGGUUUGGACCACCCGGUGCAUCUGCCGGACUUCAGUGGCAAUUAGACAGUAUUUUUAUUAAUUAUUGAACCCAACGGUGAAUUCGUGCAGAAGGAUGAAUGCCAGACGGAAAACACCACCGACAACAACUUUUUAAAAUUCCUUCCCAUUGGCCUCUAUUCCGAAGCGGAAAA